UUUCGUCCGUGAAUCCGUGCGCCUGUACGGUUACGUCAGGCUGCAAUUUCAGCACAAAGAGAGUCUUCGGAUAAUUAAUACAACUAAUUGUGGCAUUUUUUUUUCACUGUUGUAUUCACAUACAUCUUUUUCCUUUCGAUUUGCACAGUUGUCGCGCGUGAGUUUCGAGAAAUAGCAUCCGUAAAGGGAAUUUUAUUACAAUCAAUAUGUGUACAGAUACACAUAUUAUAUUAUUACAGCCUGCGUGAUAAAAGAGGAUAGCAGAGUCGGAGUGGGCUAACCAAAGCUAGCGUACCCUAACCUCAAAGGCCAACUCGAACGCUUCGUGGGCGUUCGCCUCCGCCGGGCAAUGAGGCUUUGUUUACGCAACGUUCGUUAGCGUUGGCGAUGACGCGAGAGCUCGUCGGGUCGUGCGAGAUGAGCCACACGUGAGCCCGUCGUCAGGGGACCGCCGUUCCCAGCAUGACAAGGAUAUCUCGGUCACGUGAAACGCUCGACGCCGGAGCUCGACGGCGCGCCGGGACGCUGUGAGAAGACGCGCGGUUCGCGCCUAGGAUGAGACCGCGUCGCGCGCCGCAAUAAUGCGCCUCAGAUUCGUCAGGGCGGCCCUGGUUCUCGCGCUCUUAGGCAACAUCAUCGUCUGGCACAGGAUAUGGCGGCUGUUCGCGGCGCAGAACACCCUGGGCCUGCUGACGCCGAGCGUCGCGACGAACGAGCCCCCGCAGAAGCUCCACCGGCGCCUGGCCCGCCUGGUCACCAUCGUCAUCAGGCAGUUCGAGAACUUGGAAAACGACGUGGCGUCCAUGGUGGAGUCGGUCUUGAACUCCUUCCCAGGGAUACCCGUCUUGAUAGUCUGCGAUGAGCUGCCGUACCCGCCGCUGGAGCUGGACUUCGCCAACGAGAGUAUGCGGAACGUCAAGCUGAUCGGCUUACGGCCCGAAUUUAACAAGUCCUACGAGGAGAGGAAUCCUCUCUUCUACAUACGCACCAAGUUUGUCCUCUUCUUACCUGACGCAACAAGAUUGUCGACCAAGCAAGUUAUGCAGGAGACCGUCUCGCAAGUGUCAAAUUUAGGGAUAGUUAUUGUACCAGUGGGAAGGAUAGUCUUACAUUGUCUUGAAUUAGAUUUAAAAGUGAGGGAAUGGAGUUUGAGGAUAGCGCGAAUUACGGGAACAGUAUGUGAUAGCGUAAUGGGCAAACACGUGACUAUGCUGGAGGCAAAAAUUUUGAGAAAACUGUCGGACCCGUUCCUGCUGCCCUUCACGGACGCGUUGUACAUUCAGACAACAGCCAUUGGCGCAAAGAUACAUAUACUGAAAAACUAUCAGUUCAACGAGGGAAAGCCGUUGUACAGAAAUCAACAGGCGCAGUCCAAGGUGCAGCAAUUGUAUCGCGCGCGGGAGCGAUUGAUGUUCGAGAAAUUGGGGAUAAAGAAAGUCACAAGGGCUUCCGGCUCUGUGGAGUGGUACGGCUGCUCGCGGGAAACCGCGAGGUGUUUCGGCUCAGUAAUAAACGGCGUACCGUCGUAUCUCUAUCAGCAUCGAUACACGCCGCCUUGUUGUCUGGCCGGAUUGAGAAAAGUCACCCAUCACGUUAUCGACAAACUGGAGGAGGUCGGCAUACGGUUCUGGUUAGAGGGUCAGUCGCUGUUGGGCGCGAUGAGACACGGCGAUAUUCUACCGUGGGAUCACGAGGUACAAAUCGGAUUGAACCGCGAUGAUCUGGCGAGAUCGCCGUGGCUGGUCAGGGCCAGGAACAAGCCGGUCGUCGACGACGACGGUUUUAUCUGGGAGAAGGCGACGGAGGGCGAGUUCUUCAAGGUACAGUACUCCAGGGUCAACCGUUUGCAUGUGAACCUGCUACCGUUCUACACGCGCAAUGGAUCCAUGACAAAGGACGCGUGGUUCCUGAAGAACCGGGACUUCCCAGAGCACUUUCUCCAUCCGAUGUCGAGCAUCGAGUUCGCCGGUAGACAAGUGCCAUGUCCAAAUAAUAUUAGAGACUUCCUAGAGCUUAAAUAUUUUAAGGGAGUGAUAGAGAAUCCGGAGUUACCUGGUAGAUUUGUCUUUGAUUAGUCCGUUUCCAAUUAAUUGAGAUUACUCACGGUAGCGUGUUGUUGCUUGAUAUCACGCAGAAAUGCUUCAAGGGUUAAGCCGCGAUUAUCGCUAUCGAAUUGAUAUACUGAAACAUUAUGCAUGUAUCUAACGAUACUAGGAAUUAUCUAUGCAUGACGUUAAUAUUUAAAUAAAAAUUACAAUUUGUCUUUCACCUAAGGAGAGAACUUGUAAACAUUUCCAUUUGCCUUAUUCAGACCCUACUUUAGUAAGAAAUAAUGACAAAUAAUUGUUAUCAAAUGUUAUCUUUAUAUCUUUCAACAACUCGGCUUGGAAUAGUAAAAGUCACUAACUUCCUUCUUGCAUGAAAAUUCUCCUGUUAAUAUAUUGUGCCAAAUAAACUUAGUAUUUUUAACUCGAUUUACAGAUAUAGAUGUUGAUAAAUUUUUCAAUACAUUUUCAUUAUAUGUACUAACUUUUUACUAGAUUUACUCUUGUUUAUUAGUGCAUACUAUAGUACUUAGAGUAUAUUGUAUUAGAGAUUUAAAAUUUAAUAUUAAAAAUAUUAAAAAAGACAGAUCUGAUCUCAUAAUAUUUUUAAAAUAUUUUAUUUCAGAUAGAGGCAUUUAACUAUGUAUCUUGGAUUAUAAAAUGUGAAAAAUAUUCCCUAAAUAUUUAUAUGUAUAGUAGCAAUUUAAUUC